AUGCUCUUGCUGCUGCCAGUGCUCGUCGAGUGCGGCGUGUCUCAGUGCGAAGCCGCGUUGCGGGCGGUCCGGCAGGCUGCCCUGUCUGCGGGCCAGCCACAGACGAUCGCCGACGUCGAGCGGUUCGAGCGACGGCUCACGGCCGCCGGGGCCGGACGCGAAGCGGUCGUUUCUUA